AUAUAUAUAUAUAUAGUUGUUUUAUGAUUGAUGAUGACAUUUUUAUUUACUACUGCUUUUUCUUUAACCCAUUCUUUAUGCACUUUUCAUAUAUUUAGAAAAAGGUUUUGUAAAUGAAUUAUUUAUUUUUGAUUUUUAGUAUACCGUAGAUAUGCAUUGCAUCAUUGUAUCGCCAGCGUUCGGUUACUGCAGUGUAUCUCAUUUAGUUGUUGCAACUAUUAUCAAUAAAAAGCACUAAUGUUUAUACAAUACUUUUUUUUUUUUUAUUUAAAGAUUCUGAUAUAGUCCUAGUUAACUGACAUGCAUUUUAAUACUGCGUGAAAGCGUUUGAUUUAUAGCGGCGUUUAAUUGUUUUGUAAUAGGUCAAAUCGACGUUGCUAAAUUAUUUUAUGAUCGAUAAAAGGUCCAAGAUUUCUGUGUGUCGUCAGCAAGGCUGGAGUUUAUACAGUCCGUUUGCCCCAGUAAUGCUGACGGCAAGUAUUAUCUUUAAAGUGUAGAUAAAGUCAAAUGUUGUGUCUCUGCUGCCAAGAACAAAUAAUGCACUUUAACAUAAGUAACGCUUUAUUGUUGUUCCGCUACGAGUGGACAUACUAGUUGAAUGAAACGUCUCGGAGGACCACAGUGCUACAUUAUUCAACAUAAAUAUGUUGUUGUCUAAGUAUACAUAUACUAUAACAGUUGACUAUGCAUACACAAAAUGACAAACUGUACUAGUGCUUCACAUAAAUAUUGUGCAGUUAACACUUGCGCUAUCUUUUGAAGUGUUUGUAAAAGUGUCUGGCGCAUAUAAAGAGCCGCUCUCUGCACUAUAAAUACGGUCAUCGAGGAGUCUUUGUGCAGUGUUUGCUGCCUUUCAGAGUCUCAUUUCACGGAUCUGAGGGUUACAGCCCUCCUGGCUGGCUGCUGCCAUGCCCACAAGUGUAUGCCAGCCAUGCUCUUUAAACUCUGGGCAUCUCUCACCGAACCACGGGCCAAUAGAUUUUCUGGUGCAUAUAAAGUGCGUUACCACAGAUGGUUUUUCCAGCCCACUCACCUGUGUGCAGUUCACUCAGAAAGGUUUCUUUUUGAAAAGGGUUCUUUUUUGACGGGUUUUUAUGUGGUGCAUGGUUAGGGGUGGGGGGAUUAGAUGUUGCUGAGGUAAGGUUGCGGUGGAUGUGGUUUCAGAAGGUGAUUGCAGUUGAGGGCUCUCACAGCCUUGGGGGAAUAAGCUGAGAGAGGUAGCGUCUACCUGAUGACAGAGCUGGAAGAGAUUGUGGGAUGGAUGGAUGGGGUCGCUAUGCAAUGAAAGGUUAACCUAGCGUUAACCUUUAGCGUGAAUAGGAUGUUUCUUCAGCGAUGGAUCCUUCAGGAAAGAGUCGAAACUGAAGUACAGUGUGGAGAAUAAAAUUAUUUUCAAUUUAAAAUUUAAAAAUCACUUUUUGGGGGGCAGGACGGACUGGCAAGCAACGGAGUAUGCUUAGGAAACAAUUUUGAGAACGAAUAUAGAUGUGACGUACAGUGUGCAAAACCAGAGCGUUUAUAUAGUGCAUGUCAUAUAAACCCAUUCGAACAUAUUCGCACUAAAUCUUCCGCUUCCAGAUGUCAAGGCUGGAAAAAAAAAACGGUUUGAGAACACACACUGAUAAUGUCAUAAUCUUUGUUUUGUUACAGAAGUUGCCUCUUCAAUAUGAAGAGGAAGGUUAGAGGAAACCUGUUAUACACAUGUCCCUGGAUCCCUCACUGAGCGGGUGAAACUUCAGCUCCGACUUCUUAAACUUGGAUUUCGAUUAACUUUCAAAAUGGGAGAUUGGGAUUUUCUCGGAAGACUGCUGGAUAGAGUCCAGGCGCACUCAACGGUGGUGGGAAAAAUCUGGCUCACCGUCCUGUUUGUGUUUCGGAUUCUAGUCCUCGGCGCCGGUGCCGAAAGAGUGUGGGGCGACGAGCAGUCGGACUUCAUCUGCAACUCGGAGCAGCCCGGGUGCGAGAACGUCUGCUACGACCAGGCGUUCCCCAUCUCGCACGUGCGCUUCUGGGUGCUGCAGAUCAUCUCGGUGUCGACGCCUACUCUGGCCUACCUGGGCCACGUCGUCCACGUCAUCCAUGUCGAAAAGAAAGUGAGAGAAAUGAUGAAGAAAGAGCUCCAGAAUGAGCAAAUCAGUCUGUUCCUGAAGAAAGUCUACAAACUCCCCAAGUACAGCAGGGACAAUGGGAAGGUCAACCUUCGGGGGCGUCUCUUGAGAAGCUACAUUCUGAGUUUGCUUUGCAAGAUACUUUUAGAGGUGGGUUUCAUCUUAGGACAGUACUACCUUUAUGGCUUCACUCUCGAGGCCCAGUACGUCUGUGCCCGCUUUCCGUGUCCUCACAAGGUGGACUGUUUCUUGUCGAGGCCUACCGAGAAAAGCAUCUUCAUUUGGUUCAUGCUGGUGGUGGCCUGCGUCUCCCUGCUCUUAAACGUGGUUGAGAUCUUUUAUCUUUCUGUUAAGAAGAUCAACGAGUGUCUCAGUCGCAAAAAGGACUACACCAUCACUCCCGUGACCCCCGUCGCGAGCAGGAAGGACUUCAAAACUACAGAUCAGGUGAUUCAGAACUGGAUGAACCGUGAGGCGGAGCUUCAGAAGAGGGAACUUGGCAAUGAGGCAACCAAGAGCGUGGCUUCAGAAAACCACAGCGUUGACAUGCAAGAGAUCCAUAUCUGAUCAGCGGGGCUCUGUACACAAAGGCUUUCGCACGAUCGACUCGAGCAAACAGCCACUGAACCAAGAGACUCGUGCACGGUCGAGACCCCCCGACUUCAAGCGCGCCGUGGCUCUCUCUCUGUUUAACGAAUCGAUAAUGUAUCGCUGAAAACUCUUAUCUGUUUUUGUUUGUUCGUUUUUCUCAUUUAAGUCUGAAACUGGGCUCAGGUUCAGCAGAAGUAAAGCUUCAAACUGUGUCAUGGAAAGUGUGUUUUGGAUUUUUCUUCGUUCUCUAUUUUAGCGUACCUUCAAAGACAAUGAAUAUUUAGUAGCCCUUACUACAGUCAGAAAUCAUUCUAAUACGCCGAUUACUGUCAAUGUCGAAAACAGCUUAAUAUUUUUCUGGAUUCAUAUUUUUAAUGAUAUGAUAAACAGAAAGCAUUACUUGAAAUGUAACAUAUAAUAUAAUGCCUUUACUUCAAUGCAUGGUUCAAUGCAUCCUCGUGGAAUAAAAGCAUU